GCUCUGUCUCUAUAACUUACCUCAGAUGUUAAAAGUAAAUUAUAGGAAAGAAGAAUGAUCUAGAGUUCACAAUUCGAACAAACAAUUGUAUAUCAGUUACCGAGUAUGUAUUUUAAUGUUGUUAAAUGAUUUAAUAUUAAUCUGAUUAAUGUUUUGCGAGUGCACAGCGCUUGAAGUAAGGGCUCCGCCUACACGCUCUUCUGAUUGGCUGUGAUUUUUAAUGAUUUUGUCAAGUCUGGUGCAAACAAAGUGCUUGUCGUUCUCAUGUCGUGUGGUUAGGAAUUGUUGUUUUUAACAUGUUAGGGAUUUUAGUGGCUUUAGGCACGUAUUCAGUAUAUAAUAAAAAUACGUUUAUGAAGCCCCAUUCUACAAACUCAAAUUAUACUAUGUAUUUUUGUAUACGUGCAUGUUCGAUAAUAUAAAUAUAUUUUAGUUGACAUACAGUCUAUUAACAUUUUCAUAAUAUAUUAUUAAUCAAAAUAUUUACACGAACACGCGUAAAUAUAUGUGUCACAAGAGAACACAAACUGCGCAUGUUUCAAGGUUUCAACAAAAGGAAAAACACUGAGCCAGCGGAUGGCAUCGCGUGAGCUGUGACGUAACGCGCGCACCAGUCUGACUCCACCAGCUAGUCAUCAGUCCACCCGUGAACCGUACUGUGACCAUGACACACACGGCCACCUGAAGACGGCAAAAACAACAACAACGUUCUCCUCCUCCGUUUCGUUGGGCGCAGUUAUGUCUGAGACCCGCUGCCUCCUCUCGCCAUGCCAGAUCUUUCGGGGUGCCUGCUCCUCGCCGCGCUGCUGAUUUUCUCCGAGGAUGGGUGCGUGGGGAGAGCGGAGGGUGGGGUGCUCUCCCACGGCCUCGCCUCGCUGUCGGAGGAGGACAAUACCAGCGACACACAGACGUCCUCGCUCACGGGACAGAGUGAUGCGACUGUGCCUCCAUCAGAGUCGCCCCUGACGCUAAAGGUUUGGGUGAAGGAUGCAUCCAGCCAGAGGUUCCUGAAAGGAGCUCUGGUGACUGUGUUCGUAAAUGGAUCUCAGAUUUACUCCAGCCAGACUCUGGAGAAUGGAGAGGUCACUCUUACCGUCCCGUACCACCUAGGCUUAACUCUCAACCUGGUGGCCAGCAUGGAGGGUUAUGUGCUCACCCAGCUGCCUUGGAAGACCACCAAGAUGCCCAUUUUUUCAGUCAUUACGAUGUCACUGCGUCCUCAAACACAAGGAAACAUCUGGCUUUUUGAGGAUACUGUGCUGAUAACUCGAAAAACAUCUGAUCUGUCAUUUCAACCAAGUGUUCAGUUUCCCAAAAAUCUUCUCAAUCUGCCUGAAAACAGCACCAUCUCAAUGCUGUCAGCAUAUCUGACAACUCCAGCCCUGCUUACAGAAAAAGACUCGCAUUUCUUUACUCUAAGCCAGAGCGCUACAGGAGGUUAUAGAAAUGUCAAGUUGAGCCCUUUGGUUAUGAUCAGCACCCAGUUAGUGUCUAAUGGAGAUGAGGUUGACAUCAGAGGCCCCAUUCAACUUACCAUCCCGCUUCCCUACCACACUUACCUUCGACCCUCCAACUCACUGCCUGCGUGGACCUUUGACAUGACCAUAGGCACCUGGGUGAAUAAAGGUCUAGGCACUGUUCGCAUGGAGAAAAAUGGGCUAGUGUGGACUUUUGUAGCACCUCAUCUUGGUACCUGGAUUGCUGCACCAUCACCAUCCUCAGGUUAUAUGGGGCUUGCAGGCUCAAUGGAUUUCAUUUCCUACCACACAUACCUUCUUGUUGGGAUCUUGGGAGGAACUCUUGUGAUAGUCAUUGGAUUUUUAUCUGUGAUUGUAUUUCACUGCAGAGAUUUGAACCAUGAGGCCGGAAGGCGGCGUUGGAAUUCCACCAGACUCAAAGUACUGAAGAAAGACCAGACCACUUCCACCAGCUCAGAUGAGGCUCAAGAGCUUUUCUUUCGUAAUGGUGACCGGUCUUAUUCAUUGGCUGCAAGAGGCAUUGGACACGAUGCAUCAGACUCCCCACGACACCAAGCCAACUACAACAUUUAUGUUGAAACUGUUGGUCGGCCGGUGGGCAAUAUGUAUGAGAACAUUGGAGCUGUGGGAUUAGAAAGCCUUAGAGCCCCAAUGUCUAAUCUCUACGUUAACAGUGACGAAGUGGCAAAGCUCCGAGAAAAAUCGGAACAGAACGGCUCACGUCAAGGUGGUGCGGAGAAUGUAGUUUUCAGUGACAAACUGUUCCAUAUCUACAACCAGCCCGUAGCUAUUGUACACGCCUCAGAGCUGUUUAACUCCCAGGGACAGGCUGACCCUUCCGGAAGCAGAUCCGCCACUUUCCCACGCAAUGGCAUGGAGCAUGGAGGUCAAACAGAGAGAAACCUAAAAGACAGUUUCACCCAGACGUUGCCCAAAGUCCCCCAGCAAGACAGUGACGAGUCGCAGGCCCUCGAAGGAGCCCAGGCUGCUGCUGCUAACCCAGGCCUAUGGGGACGCUAUAGUCAUCUCCUGGAAUCCGUGUCUGUCCCCGGAACUUUGAACGAAGCAGCUGGAAUGAGGCCUUUCCGAGGGGAACUCCAGGGAAUAUCGGAACAAACUUUGCUGGAGCUCUCAAAAGGCAAGCCCUCGAUUCACCCGCCCCGCGCUUGGUUUGUGUCUCUGGAUGGUAAACCAGCGGCCCAGGUUCGUCACUCCGUAAUCGAGCUUCAGGGACGACAUCGUCCAGGCAGCAGCAACGACACAAGCUUGGACUCUGGAGUUGACAUGAACGAGUUGCAGCAGCCUCUGCGGAAAAUUGAAGAGCACUCAAGCGCUAGCAUGGCUAAGAUCAGUGGAAAUCAGGAGCAGGACUUGAGCAGCAGUGAAAUCGGGAGUCCCGAGGACAUGUCACUGAGGAACACCCUGGAGGGAAGUAGCGUAGCCAUUCCCAACAUCACAGAAGACAGGGACGCAGGGGACACCUCUAGCGAAUCCAGAUCUACACCACCGCCACGAAGGCUGCGGAAGAUUCGAGACAAGAAACCGGAGAAGAAAACAUCUCGACACGCGAGGGAGGAGAGACCGCAAACAAAGCACUAGCUGAUCAACCUGUGUGUAUCUGUGUAGCUUUAUGGUGUCUGUAAAAUGGCUUUGAUCAAACUGCCUUAUAUACACAUCAGGAAGAAUGAUUGAAACAAAAAUGCCUGUCUUAUCCUGCCGUAACUCAAAGUUAGUUCUUGUGGCAACUCUAAGUUGGCUGAAUCCAGCAUUUUGUCAGCAGUUUAUUUGUACAAAAUUUCACAGACACAGAGUGUUUUACAUUGUAAAAGUAUGUAUAUAUCUACGUAUUUUUAAACAUUAGUUUCCCUGUGAGCACAAUGCUCUCCUAGUGCCGAUGAUGCAUCUGCAUUCUAAUGGGUCGUUCACACGGAAUGCGUUUUUCCAUUGCACUGAGCUUCUUUUCUACACGUUAGAUGGACGUGUUUGACCGUUGUACUUGCAAAUGAGUGUCGGAUUUUUUCGACACUGUAUCGACAAUUUAUAUGCAGUGGCAUUCAUCAAUGCCAGUUUAAGAACAGUGGACCAAUCAGAAGACCAAUCAAUGUUUUGUUUACAGCAAGGCCCCCGUUUAUUUGACGGCAACAUGGCAGAGGAGGCACUCAAGACUCCGUUCUGCACUUUUUAUAAUCAUUCCUGAGCGAUAAAUCUUAGGUGUUUAGACGCAAACAUUCAUUGCUGUGUGAACGCCCCUUAAACAGUUAAACCAUUUGGCUUUAUUAAAUUCAGUUUUGUUCUUCUCAGUUCAGUUCUUUACUAAAAUGUAAUGCAUAAGGAACUGCCGCAGAGUGCCAUGAAAAUAAUACAGUUAAUAAAAUGACAAAAAACCAAGCACUGUAAUCAUAGGAUUAAGCUAAGCACUCUAAAAAAGUCCAACGCACCAAUGUGUUGCACAAAUACAAUAUUUUCCCAGUUUUCGGAGAGAGCGAACCAAGGCCUUUGAGGCCUUAUGCCAUUCUUACGUACUAUACUUAUUUAAUGUGUUAUUGCUAGUCACAUGUGCAUGCCUUCCAUUGAAAUGCUUUACCAUUUACUGUUUUCAUGUGUAAGAAUGUAGUACCUAAAAACAUAAAGAUAUGCCUCAGGUUAUGCCUUACAUCCCAAGUCCAGCUGUACAGGUCAUGACCUCAGCAUAUUAAAAUGUUUCUUGUGUUUUGUGUGUAAAAUAUUUCUUCACAAAUUUACAACACAGCAUCAUAUAUUAAAUGUGUUGGAUCUUUUUUUUUGCAGCUUUAUUGUUUUUGACCGUUUUAAAAACUGUCUAUUUAUUAUUGACAGUUACAAUGAGAAAUUUGUUAUUGUCAGGCAUCAAAUUAAAAUAAAGUAUGACUGAGAAAGAGUGAAGGGGUAGCACACAGGACGCAAAGCUCAGCGCCGCGUUGUGUCUAGGACAACUUGGAGGUAUUGUACACCGGAAGUGCACAUUAAAUAGCGCAAGCUUAGUCAGAGCGACUACUUCAAAAUGCAAAAUAUACGUUAGCAGCCAAUGUUAAUCGUUAAUGAUUUGGGACAAAUAUGAUGUUAUUUAAUGUUAAACUCUGUGGCGUGACAGGGAUGUAAGCAACUUCCUGAGUCGUAGCUGGGCGCGGCGGACAGGCGCCACCUGUCAGCUCCGGUCUGCAUAUACUUGUGUUCGUUUUUCAGCUGCGCGUCCGGUGUGCGACCCCUUAAAGAUGGUUUAUUUCAACUUAAUGUUUUUUUAUUAAUUUAUGUUGUAUUGGUAUAUGUCUAUUAUUAUGUAUUUAACUGUAAUAUAUUUUUAAGACUUCAUAGCACACUGGUUUGAAUGAUGCAUAAGCUAUUUCUUGGAUGCUUUACAUCUUGUAAUCUGCCCUUUUGUGCGCAAUCAAUAAAAGUUAUAAACAGAAAA